AUGGAUUAAGAUUAAAGAGGACUUUCACCCUAAACUUCAAAAUCAUCGUCACAUCAGAAUCAAGUUUCAAGGAAUAAAGAAUUUCAACUUGACUUCUUUAUCCAGAAGAAAUUCAUCUCUGAUGAUUUGAAAUCCAUUUUAGAGGAAACACAACAAAAAUAUUCGAUUAAAUCCAUCUAUGUCAACCAAAAGAAUUAAAUCCCAGAAUUAGAAGGUUCAGCAUUUACAAUUGAUGAUCCUGGAGAAAAUAAAAUGAAUGCCAAAUGCGAUGCCAUCCUUCAUAUUCUUUCAUCCCUCCAGGAUAGAUGCAAACAAUAAAUCAAUAUCAUUCUCUUAAUACCAGAAGGAAUCGUAUCCUUCUUGAUUGGCUCCAAAGGAUCCUAGCUUGCAAAAAUCAUCGAAGAAACCAAUGCCAAAAUCACAGUAAAUCAACCAAUUGCCAAUUACUCUCCUAGAACUGUUAAAAUUGUUGGCGAUCAAAGCACUAUCAAUUGUGCUAUUAAGGCUAUAACCAAAAAAAUGUAGGAGAGAGGCAUAUCUCAAGAAGAUUAUAAAAAGGUUCCUGAAGCUUUGAAUCCCUAAAAAGUGAAUUCCAAAGCAAAACUCAUUUUCCCAUCUUUCGUUGUAGAUUACAUUCUAAAGAACAAAAAUGAAGUUGAAAAUAAAUAUGAUGUCUCUAUCAAGGCCAAAGAAAGCAAUGAUAUCAGACUUACACAAAAAUGCAAACUCAAAAGAGAUGAUAAAAUAGUUUAAUUGCAAGGAUCCUUAUCCAAUGUUUAAGAUGCUUUGUCAUCACUCAUUAGAAGAGUCACAGAACAUCAAAAAAAACAAGAAUUAGAAAUCAAAAUUGUUAUGCCAGCCAGCUAUGCAUCCAAAUUAAUCGGAGCAAAGGGCGGUUAAAUUAGAGACUUAGCUACUAAAUCUAAAGGAGCUCAAAUCAAAGUCUUAUCUGAUAAGGACGAAACUGACCACGAUUAUCACUGUAUUGUUCAAAUAGCGGGAAAUCUGCAAAACAAAUAAGAUGCCAGUAAGUUGAUUCUGUAACAAAUUGAAUGUUUCAAGAAUGGAGGACCUAUCAUGGACAGUGGCAAAUUUUUAAAUGAUGAAAAUCAUACCUCUCAAAUAUCUAAUAAUUAUGAUGAAUAUAAAAUCAAGAGGUUUAUUAUUUUACCAAACUUAUUUAGGGAAAAAUCCAGUUCCAUUUCUGAGAGGAACUCACGUUCAAGAUCUUAAUCUAGACGAAAACACAAACAUCAAAGAAAACGAUCUAUUGAAAGAAGAUCGGUAUCAUCAAGUUAUUCUAAAAGAAGGGAAAGGGCAAAUGUCUUAUCUACAAAAAUAAUUGUUUCUAAUGAAGUGAUGCAUAUUUUAGAAAAAUAUCAUAAAUUAAGUGAAUAUAAAGAGAGAUAUAAUGUAGAUAUCUAAGCUGAUGACUCGAGAAGAAACUCUGAAUCUUACUUGAGAUUAAAAGGCAAAUUAAAAGAUUGUUUAAUUGUUAUAGAAGAAAUUUUGAAUGAGCAACAAAAAAUCCUAAGAAAAUGA